CUCCCUAAUUCAUUUCCAGAUUCUGGUAUUCUAUCACCCUGUUUAUCCGAUCGGAUUGAUUGUUUCGUUGCUUGAUUUUACCAGAAGCAGAAUUCGAUUUAUGAUUGAUUUGAUCACACACAAUGUCUGCGAUAGUCUGUGGGAAGAGAUCUUUCUUCGAAGAAUUACCAACGUCAACGGGUUCUGUGUCUCCUCCCGUUUCUAAGAAGCUUCGUUGUUCUUCGUCGAAUUCACCGGUUCGGCGUUCGCCUUUCACCAACUCACCGACGGCCUCUGCCCUUAUCGAUCAGCUUCGGGUUGUUUUCCCUAACACGGACAAGCAGCUCCUGGAGAAAGCGCUAGAAGAAAGUGGCAAUGAUUUAGAUUCUGCCAUCAAGAGUCUCAAUGAACUUUAUUUUGGAUAUAUGGAUGGGAAUUCAGGUCAUAUGGCAUUGUCAAAUGCAGCUUCUAGCGAAGAAUAUGUUACUGUGGAGAAGUCAUCAGCCAAUGGCAACACUCCAAGAAGUGGUGCAGAAUGGGUUGAACUGUUUGUCACAGAAAUGAUGAAUGCUACCAGUGUUGAUGAUGCUAGAUCUCGUGCCAUGAGGAUGCUGGAGAGCUUGGAGAAAUCUAUAAAUGAAUGUAGUGGUGGUGAGGCUGCACAAAGCCUUCAUAAGGAAAAUACGGCCGUGAAGGAACAAAUCGAAGUUCUAGUGCGGGAGAAUAGCAUACUGAAACGUGCUGUAGCCAUUCAGCAUGAACGACAGAAAGCUUACGAGGAGAGCAGCCAAGAGGUGCAACAGUUGAAGCAGAUGUUGUCAACGUAUCAGGAGCAGUUGAGGACUCUCGAGGUGAAUAACUAUGUGCUGAGGAUGCAUUUGAGACAAGCUCAGGAAAGCAACAACUGUAUGCCAGGACGGUUUCACCCAGAUGUCUUCUAAUAAGAGAAACAAGUAUGUAUAUGUUUAUUUAGAAUAUAUAUAUAUAUAUAUAUAUAUAUAUAUAGUUUGUUGUAAGGGCGUAAGGCUACAUUUGCCAUGUAAAGUGAAGUUAGAGGACAAGACCUCCAUGUGUUGUUGGUAUACAAUAAUUGUUU